CGUACCUAAAAGGACUGGGCUCAAUCCCGUAUCGCCACAACGAGAAGUCACAGUGGCAGGCAUCUGCACCAAGCCGAAGCCUUCCCACCCGCCGACACAACAAGAUUAACAGUAAAAGAACAAUUUGUAAGCGUAAACGAGAGACCUCACGACUUUCGACUUACUGUUAGAAAACCUGUCUUUUUGAAAGACGUGAAGUUACUUCUCGCCAUGAUUCGCUCGCUCGCUGUAACGAACAAUCCUCUUGCGCUGAUUGCUCGACGCUCGUUAGCGACGGUCGUUGCUGCUUCGAAACACGUCCAUGAGGGGCCUUCUGCAGCCGCCAAGCACUGCAUUGAUCUCGAAGAACAGUACGGUGCGCACAAUUAUCAUCCUCUACCAGUAGUUCUCACCAAGGCUAAGAAUACGCGAGUGUACGAUGUGGAUGGCCGCGAAUAUUACGACUUUUUAAGCGCCUACUCGGCCGUGAAUCAGGGCCACUGUCACCCCAAGCUCAUCCAAGCUUUGACGGAACAAGCGAACAAACUUACACUUACGUCCCGUGCCUUUCACAACGACUCACUCGGCGAAUACAGCAAGUUUGUAACCGAAUAUUUCGGUUACGAUCGUGUCUUGCCCAUGAAUACGGGCGUGGAAGGCGGCGAAACCGCCAUCAAGCUCGCCCGACGCUGGGGCUACGCGGUCAAGGGCAUUCCUCCCAACCAAGCGCGGGUGCUUUUUGCCAACCACAACUUCUGGGGACGUACGCUCGCCGCUGUCUCGUCCUCCAGCGAUCCCACGGCCUUUCGGGGAUUCGGCCCUUACAUGCCGGGGUUUUCGCACGUGCCCUUCAACGAUCUCGGGUCACUCGAAAUGGAAUUUGAAAAAGAUGCUGAAAAUAUUGCGGCCUUUAUGGUCGAGCCCAUUCAGGGCGAAGCCGGUGUCGUAGUGCCGGAUGAUGGUUACAUGAAAAAGGCUAAGGAACUUUGUGAAAAGUACAACGUCUUGCUAAUUGCCGAUGAAGUACAAACUGGUCUGGGUCGUACCGGCUACGAACUUGCCGUGCACCAUGAUCAGUGUAAACCUGACAUGGUUGUGCUGGGGAAAGCCUUGUCCGGUGGCGUACUCCCGGUAUCGGCCGUUCUCGCCACGGACGAAGUUAUGUUGCAGCUGAAACCGGGCGAGCACGGAUCAACCUACGGCGGCAACCCUCUGGCUUGCAAAGUAGCUACGGCGGCCUUGGAAAUCCUGCGGGACGAAAAGUUGUCGGAAAAUGCGCAAGCCCGGGGUGAACAGCUGCGCAAUGGAUUGCAAAAGCUCGUGGACGACAACUCAUCCGUUGUCAAAGUACGCGGGCGAGGCUUGCUGAAUGCUAUUGUAAUUGAUCAACCCAAGAUGGGCUACGGUGCGGCCGGCAAAGCUAUGGAAUUGUGUACCAUCAUGAUGGAAAACGGUCUGUUGGCCAAACCGACUCACGGAAAUAUUAUUCGAUUUGCUCCACCCUUGACUAUCACCGAACAAGAAACAGACGAAUGCUUGGAUAUUAUCGCAAGCAGUGUCAAGGAAUUAGAUUCGUAAACACCGCUAAGGUAGGGGUAUACAUUUGAUGGAUGGAAAUUUCUACAGCAGUGUCAUAGUAUCUACCAUGACUGACAGUGAGAAAGUUACUAUAGUUCGUUCUUGUAUGAGAGAUAAAGCAUCCUUUACAUUUUUAAUCUCUUCUUUAAACGAUAGCC